CAUGCUUGCUCCAUAAACCUCACCACAUUUUGCUACCGCAGCUGUGUGGCGCACGCAAGGAAAGCGGAGAGGUGCGCUCCUCCUGGGGUGACUAUGUCGAGUCUGGAACGGGUUUUUGUGCACUGAUCGGCGACUAAGAAGCUCAUUUCUCUCCGACAUAAACGGAAUGUUGACGCUCUCUCUCUCACUAAGGUCGGUUUCAACAAAGCAUUGAAGACAUCGCUCAUUUACCAUGAGCUGUUUGGAUGUUAUGUACCCAGCCUAUGGACAUUACGCACCGUACGCACCGACUGCUCCCGCUUUUAUCAGUAACUUCCAGGCUGCCACAGGUCUAAAUAGCGCUUCAUCUCAUUGCCGGGAUUUUAUGGACACUCCCAACGGCCCCGAGGGGAUGUCUGGGGGCCCAGGCACUGGAGGAUCAACUUCCUCCUCUGCUUCAUCCAGCUCUUCUUCCUCCUAUACUCCUGCGGCUUCAAGGCCAGAGGAAGGCCCUAAAGAGAAGCAGGAAGCUCCCGAGGCAGAAUACCUGACUUCUCGCUGUGUCCUCUUCACCUACUACCAGGGAGACAUCAGCAGCGUUGUGGACGAGCACUUCUCCAGGGCCCUCAGCUCCUAUAUGGAUGGUGAGGGCAAACGUCGGGCACCAGAACAUCAGCGAACAGAUACCCCGUCGCCUAGCAGUAGACGAAGCUUCCCCCCAUCCUUCUGGGACAGUAACUACUCCUCGCCUCAGAGUCGCUCCCACUGUGAGACCGGUGCACCUUCCUAUUCCAUGGACCCGUACGCAUCAGGGCUACACCCCAGCCUGCAGCACCCGCACGCUCAUCCUCAUCCACACGCUCAUCCGCACUCCCACCCUCACCCACCAGAAAGCUGGGGAUAUCCUCAGGCCCAAGCCUACGGCCCCCCACGGCCUCUCCAUGAACUUUAUUCACCUUCAGCUUUGGAGCCCCACUAUGGGCCCCUACUCAUGCCUACUGUGAGGCCACCUCAUCUCCCCACCUUGCCAAGCCACUAUGAAGUGAGCAAGCUGGAGCCCACUACCUCAUGGCCCAGUUUGCUUCCCCCAGGAGAUGUCAGCCAGACUCUGGCACUCAACAUGGAUGCAGGUCUCCAGCAGCACAAGAAAGGCAAGGAGCUCUACUGGUUCUAACGAGCCCUUCAGUCACAGUGACCAGCCAUUACCAGAUCCAAUUAGUCCCUGGACCUACUUUGCUAUUGUCGCAGCGGGUCCCUUUAUCCCCCGCCCCCCUCCUCCAUACACACUUUGCAUCCCCAUCUACCCACCCCCUUCACUCUGUUUCUAGCCUCCCCUGCCAGUAUACAGCCUUGCUCCAGGUCGACGUGUGUGCACCAUGGAGAUAAAGCAGAGAGAAAGAGGGAGCGAGAGAGGGAGAGUGUCCGAACUGUCUGUAAUCUGUGCUGUUGCUCUCUUUUUCUCAGCUCUUUUGGUCUCCCUCUCCUGUCACUGCACAGACCUUGGCAAGGUGUGAGCCACAGUGACCUGUUUGGACUGAGAAAGACAGGAUCACACCAGACUUUUUUUUGGGUUUUUCGCAGAGGACAGAGAGAUGGAAGGAUGAAUGGAGGGACAGAGGGAUGAAUAGCAGAGAGUAGGGAUUUCCUCCAAUGUCCCUGGUUAUCUCUGUCUCAUGCUCUGUGUUGGUACAGUGGUUUUCAUUAUCCACUUAUCUGCAUUUCACAAAUGCAACAUUCAGUGAUAAACAAGAGCAGCAAUUAUGGCAGUUUAAGCUCUGUGACUGUCAUCAUGAGGCCUUUUGUGUUUGUUAUUAUAUAAUACUGCUCUCUGAAAUAAAGUGUUUAUAUUUAUUGGUGUUUAUGUGCAUUUCUAAAAUAUUAGGUUGGCCAGUGUUCUGAAAUUUUUGUGUCAAGCUGAUUGUGCUUUAUAUAUAUAUUUUUAAAAGAGGUGAUAAAGCUGACCAUACCAGAUCUAUCAUCUAUCUUAUGUGGAGGAUAUCAUCAACGUAGUUUCUCUCGCAUCUACCACGAUUUGUUUGCUCAGAACUAUCAGAUAAAACUGAACUUUCAAUUUGAUGCUGUUCCAUUUUAGUUCUUUUGUUCUCUGUCAUUCAUAGACAUUUUGAAUUUUGGCUUUCUUAAUAUUUGUGGGAUUAUUUUUUCCUUUUUUCAGUGUGCUCAUUUUUUUGUGUCCAAGAAUGUGAU